GGGACACGGCGGUGGCAGCGCUGGUGACAUGGCUGAGGAGGUCGUCUAUGCUGACCUGAGGGUCCCGGGGGGGACAGCCGGGACCCCCACCCGAGGCCGCUGUCCCCGGGGGUGUCCCCUGUCCCCCAGCCUGGCCCUGGCCGGGGGCCUGAUCCUGGGGGUGACCAUCGGCGUCCUGGGGGUGCUCGGAGAUGUUUUGGGUGCAGCGAGUGGGCGACCGACGGGGACCCCGAUACCGACGGCACCCGCUUGUAACGGGAGCGCGGCCGAGCUGGCGGCUGCCCUUCGCCGUGACCUGUGCGAGGAAGACGACGGCGCCCGGGGGAGGCCGAAGGCUCCUUGUGGCCUCUGCCCCCCCCGGCUGGACCCCCCGAGCUGCUGCCUGCUACCGAAUUUCGGCAGCCGCCCGUACCUGGGACGAUGCUGCCCGCGAUUGCGCCGCCCGCGCUGCCCGACUGCUCAGCCCCCGCGACUUCCCGGCUGCGGCCUCCCUGGAGGGGGUGAUGGGGGAACCGAACCCCCUUUGGGUGGGGCUGCGUUUUCGUGCCCACACCUGGAUUUGGCCCGACGGCUCCCAGCAGCCCCCACCGACCGGGCAGCGCGGGGGCCAGGGCCGGGAUUGCGGGGUGCUACGACGGGGUCGCUCGGCGUUGGAAAGUUGCGGGGCCGAGCGGGCGGGCGGGCGCAGAUCCAGUGCUUCUCGGAGGCGCAGCUGGCCGUCUGCACGUCCGCGUCCCCCAG